AUGGGCUUAGCAAUAAAUGAAUCAAGCAAGAAUGAAAGAGCGAUUGAGUUUUAUAAUCUUAUUUCUGGUUUACGUCUUGUGCCCAGCACUCCCACUCUCUUUCAUGCGGGACUAGAGCGGGCUCAAUUAAGUUCUUGUUUUUUAACCACCGUUGACGAUGACCUGAAUCAUAUUUUUAAAUCCUUAGGUGAUAAAGCCAAUUUAUUAAAAUAUUCAGGUGGGGUAGCGACGGACUGGACUAAUUUACGGGCCCUUGGUUCGCCAAUUAAAAGUAUUGCGACGGAAAGCACUGGUCUAAUUCCUUUUUUGAAAUUGGCGAAUGAUACUACGGGGGCCAUUAACCGCUCGGGAAGAAGGCGAGACCAUUGUGGAGUAGUUCAUUGCUCUAAUCUUUGUACGGAAAUCACGCUUAACACUUCCGCGCAAGAAACAGCAGUUUGUAAUCUUGGCUCAGUCAAUUUGGCUCGUCAUAUUAGGGAAGGAAAAUUAGAUGACAAUUUGUUCCAAGAAACUAUUACUACUGCUAUCCGCAUGCUUGAUAAUGUCAUUGACCUCAAUUAUUAUCCAACCAAAGAAGCUAAAUAUUCUAAUUUUCAACAUCGGCCAAUUGGCCUGGGGAUGAUGGGUUUUCAGGACGCCCUUUUUCAAUUGAAUAUUAACUAUAAUUCGCCGGAAGCCUUGGAAUUCACCGACCAGUUAACCGAAAAAUUUUCUUAUUCUGCUAUUUCUGCUUCUUGUCAAUUGGCCCGUGAAAGAGGAACUUAUGCCAGUUAUCAGGGUUCAAAAUGGGACCGUGGACUCUUCCCUCUUGACACUUUAAAUUUGUUGGAAAAAGAGCGAGGCUUACCAAUAAAAACUAAUCGGCAAAGUAAAUUAAAUUGA